CCUAGUCUAUACUGUGUACGUUACGUAUCGGGCAUAUGAGUUCUAGGAAGAAGAGGCCGAGGGCAAAAUAUUAAGCGAAAAUAUCAUCGAAGUUUCUGCAAACCGAAUUCCAAGGAGGAAAAUGAAACACCCCAGUGGAUAGAACUUACUCUAAACAACAUAAUUACGGAUCAGAAGAAAGCAUAAAGUUGAGAAACAAGUUUGUUUGCAAGCGUUCAUUCGUGGGCGUGUAUUUCUGGUGGAGAAUAUUUCAUAUUGAAAAACUCUUGACACCAUGUAUGAUCGGGCCCCAAGAGCUUUGACAGAAGGAGCACAAGCAACUGGACCUUUUGUUGGACCAGGUGCUUAUGAUGCCUUUCAACCAGCCCGUGCCAAGAUCAAAUCAGAUGGAUAUGCCCCAUUUUCCUCCAUGGCACCCAGGGAGACAUUCCUGACCGUUCAGGAUGCGGUCAUUGCAGCACCAGGUCCGGGCCACUAUGACCCGGCCGACGCACAACUCAAAAUCACCGGUGGCCGCACACUCGCAAACACAGCCAAAAGGUUCGAGGAGGACGCGUCCACGUCUGUGCUCACCCCAGGCCCUGGGACUUACAAUCUCGCAAAGUCAAGUGAUUGGCUGAAGAAGCAAAUCAAUAAAGAAAAAGAGAUUGUACAAGGACAGCUGAUGACCAAUCGCAUCAAGUUCUCCAGAAAAGUUCAAGCGCCCUCUAUUCCUACUCCUGGCCAGGCCUACGGCUACGAAGAAUCCGAGGAUGGAGUACUCAAGAAACAGGAGGCUCCGCCCAAAGAUAAAUCGUUGGGACCGGCAUUCUAUAAUAUCACAAGUAGCGAUACAAAGGCAACUGCCAAGUACAAGGGAGUCCAUUUUGGGAACCUGACGGCGGCAAGAAUGGACUUCCGAGGCGAAGCAGGACCGGGGCCUGGAGAGUACGACCCUUUUAGCAAAGCUGAGGCUGACGUAGAGAACGUUAACACGGCCAUCACGAAGAGCGGGACCAGCGCGUUUGAGGCCAGGAUUCCUCGUUACCACGAAGUCAUUGUACAAGGAGAAACAAAGAAGGCUGUUCCAGGCCCUGGUAAAUAUACAAUCAACAGCCAGUUUGACAAGAGGCCACCCGCAGUCAACACUGAAGGACUGGAGGUGGAACAUCCUCCCUUCCUCUCACAAGCCAAGAGAUUCCAAGAGAAGGUGAACAUCGUCCCCGCCCCUGGUUCCUAUAACGACCCCCGCCACGCCCUGGAGGCAACCAAUAAACUCAGAGGGCUCAAGAGGAGCCCUUUUGGACAGACGGCUGUGAGAUUUGUACCAGAACCACACAUCAAAAAAACUCCAGGUCCUGGGUCAUACAGCUUCCCCGGUGUGGCCGACAGCAGCAUGAGGAAGGCUUACAUCGAGAGCACGAGGAGAGGAGCGUUCGGAUCGACGUCGGUCCGGAUCAAACCCAUCACCAAGCGCCAAGACUCGUCCCAGCCCGGCCCGUCCCAUUAUCAACCCAAAGAGACUCCCCAGUACAGCAGGUACACCUCCAACAUGUCGGCCAACUUUGCUUCUCAGAGCAACAGGUUGACAUCGCCAGCUCCGGUUACGAUACAGGACAAUCCUCCUCCCGGCUCGUACGAGGUGAGAUCAUCACAUGACUUGUCCCAGGGUAAGAAGGAACCGGCCCCGCCCCGCACGCACGCUGGUAAGAGGAAGAAGGGCUCUUUCAUGUCGUCCACCCGUCGCUUUGCCCCGCCUCGAGAUGUCAUCAUCGAACAACCAAUGUCUGCUAAUCCAGGUCCUGGAACAUACAAUCCAGCAGCCAAGGACACAGUCAAACUCAGUCUGCUUGUUGGGAAGGACCAACGUUUCAGAGAAAUCAGAAAGAACGAUAACCCUGGCCCAGGAACUUAUGAGUUGAGCCCACUCUUGCAAGACACGGUCCUGAAGGGCACCUUCAAUGCUACCCUCAACAACCCCAUAGCACCUCAGCUGGAACUCCACCGGUCCCAAUCACAAGCACUCGGCCAACAAGCCUUCGUACUGGGAGUAUAGGACCACCCCUCUAUGUGCCGUUAGGAUAGUACCUGGAAUUGAAAUGGCAUAUUGUAAGAUGAAAUCUGUGCCUAUUUAAAUCUUGAAAAGAACUUUACGUUGCUGUACAGGGAAGUUGCAAAUGGACAUCAUAUGGUAGUGACGGCCUUGUUUGGGCUCCGUGGAUUGAAUUGUUUUUAUAUGUUGCUAUUGCAUGUAUUUUUACCAAAAUAAAGAGAGAAAAAUUGCAAAUAAUACUGGACCAUUUGUGUAUGUGCCGUUAGAACAGUAUCUGGACUUGAAAUGGCAUAUUAUAUGAUGGAAUCUGUGCCUAUUUAAAUCUUGAAAAGAAGUUUACGUUGCUGUACAGGGAAGUUGCAAAUAGAUAUGAUAUGGUAGUGAAGGCCUUGUUGGGGCUCGAUGAGUGGAACAAGUUGUUUUUAUGUAUUUUAGCCAAAAUAAAGAGAAAACUUGCAAAUAAUACUGGAAAGAUGUGGGGGAGAAGAAUGAUGAUUCUGUAUCUCAGUUCAGUAUUUUGAAAAAAGGGUAAAGGGGUGAGGGAGAGGAGGUUACUUACACAACCUUUCUUCUGCAGGACUGUGCUUCUAAAAUGUAUAAUGGCAAAGUGUAAUGGAUUCUAGCCAUGGUAAUAUGACAGAGAAGAUCGUCUGCUCAGAGCCAGAGGGGUGUUUAAUUACAUUUAUAUUUACUCUUACUCUUACGUGAGCUCUAUAUUCAUCUGUUCCCUUUUCCAAAGUGUAUACGCAUCUUGUUUCAAAAAACAUAAGACCGAGUUGGUCAUUACUUUAUGUCAUCUUUUUCAAAGUGCAUUUUUGAUGACAUAAACUGUAUUCUGAAUAGAGUCUCUUUAUAUGAGAUAAAAAAGUGGUCUUCACAGUGAAAACCUUCAAUACUGUACAAAGUGUGUGCUUUUGCUUUUUUCGUAUCGUGCAUAUAUAGGCCUCUACAGUCUUGCAUUGAGUUUAAUACAAGUAUUACACUUUUGCCAUAACACAGCACUCCGUCCGUUUGUUGUCAAGUUUCCUACCAAAUUCUGGAGAUUCCGUCCAUGUUUCUUCCACGUUCAGUAUUCCGUCUCUCAAAGCAUCCAAGUCUAAUUGAAUUUUGUGUGUGUGUUUAAUACAUGCAGCAUCAUGUAUAGCCUUUUAUUUAUAUUCUAUUAACAGAUAUGAUCAGUACAUAAUCUGUCUUUUAUUAAAGAUGCCGUCCAUUCUAAUCUGCUGCGAUGAUUUGAUACGAUACUUCUGCCAUGCAGUUUAUUUCACAGUAGAAUUUUUUAUAACAUUUCGCAAAUAUGCAAUCAGUAUUACUGUCGAUAUGAGGAAGCUCAUAUCAGAAACCAAUUUUCAUUACAAUGGAUGAUAAUGGCGAUUUUGUUGAUUUUAUUAAAAUACGCAAACUGGAGGCGCAUUGCAUUUGAAUUUCUGAUAUCUUAUCAUCAUUUGUAGGCCCAUAGAUCAAGCAACAUCAACAUAAAAUCUGCAUUAAUUGAUUUUAGUCAAAUUAUAUAUUAUAAUGUUAUUUUACUACAUAUAAAUAUAUCAUUAUACUAUUUUAAUGUCCAAGCAGUAGGGUCUGGGCAUAAAACUCUGUUGCAUAAAACUUAGCAUUGAUGGUAACUUUGCCAUCAGUGGCAACUACCAUGGUAACAGGGCUCAACAGCCAAUCAAAAUCAAGGUUUCCAUGGUAGUUACCAUUGAUGCCAAAGUUACCAUCAAUGGUAAGUUUUGUGCAACGGGCCCUGGUCUUGAACUUUGACGACAACCCCAAAGUGAGCAGUCAGUAAUUAUUGUUAUGAAAUGCGAGUCUAUAAAGUGUAAUUACAUGCUCCUUUAGACCUUUCCUAAGGCAUCACUACAUGAGGUGUAUUCUCAAAAGGAAAUCUGUGUCUUUAUGGAAAUUAUUUAUGUGUUUAUAAAUAUUGUUACAAUUUUCAAUCAUUUUUGUACAUAAAGCAGAUUAUAUC